AUGUCUCAACAAUCAAAUAAACAAGGCUCUUCUUCUCACGAGAAGAAACGGUUGAAAUCAUCUUCAGUUGACCUUAUUAAACGUAAGAAGAAGAAACAUACCCCAAAGGAAGUGGAAGUCCUUAAAGCUGAACACUAUAAUUCUGUAAAGCAAGUUCUUCAGCUAUUGAAAUCCAAGAACAGUCAAACUGAGGCUUCCACUUCAGUAACCAAGAAUCAAAAGAAAAGGUCAUCAAAGAAGAAGACUGAUUUGCCUGAUGUCACUGUUCCGCACAUCAGACUCAUUCUGGAGAAUGUCAGUGCUCGGUUGAAGGACGAAACAUUGCAAGAUGAGUCCGGUCAAUUACCACCUCCAUUGGAAAUCAAAAAGGCUUUAAAAACAAAGCAACAAUUGAUUGACUGUCUCACUAAUUACCCACAAUAUGAGACCAUCAUGACGGUGUUGCAACAGAUCCUAAAUAACCUCCAGCUGAAAGUGUUUAUUGAGAAUCAUGUUCUUUCUACCACUGAAAAAGUGACAUGUAAUCCUUCUCACGUUCGUUCGAUUUGUUUAGGAAGUAGAAAAGAGUCCCAGCUCAUUCAUGUUGCCAAUGCCACCACCAAUCCGGCGUUGAAUGCACAAAAGUCAGACUGCUUAAUUGUUACCAUUACAAAAGUCUUACCAGAAGCCAUGAAACUGGUCACAUCUCUUCCCGACGAGUUUCAUGUAAACUCGUUGCAUGAAUGGAGUAUGGAGUGUAUGGUGUGGGAUAAGAGUGAACCAUUAAUCACAUCUCAAAACUUUUUCAAUGCAAACACCAACCAAUUAGUAUUACCUUCUGUUGAAAAUGAUUUGUUCAAGCAGAAUAAUUCUGCAGCCUGCUAUAUGGAUGUGUUGAAUUCUUCUACUGUGAUUCAAAAGGAUCCCUUGUCCAUGAUCUUUGCCUCUCAAAAAGAUAUGGUCGUGCCUGCAUUCUCCACUCAAAAAGAUCUGUCUGAAGUGGUAUUGCCUCAAUCCAUGCAAUCUCAACCACCAAUGCAAUGCAAUUUCAACCACCCGACCAACACCACAAUACUCUCUUCUCAAACUGAUGUUUUGACUCCAGUCUUCUCCUCUUCAGUGGGCUCACAUUCCACCAUUCCAACGAUCCAUGAAUUUGAAGAAUUGAAAAAGAAGUAUGAAAGAAUUGUCGACAUUAAUCAUGAUCUCCAAUUCAAUAUGAAAAGGAUUCAACGAGAAUUGGAACAAGAGCUUCCUUCAUAUACCAGCACACGGAAAUCAAGGAAACCACUCGCCAGUGGAGCAACAUUUUCAAUACUCACAAAUAAUGGCCGAACUUGA